AUGGGCAAGCACAAGAACAAGAUCAAGCUCGAGCCCGUGGAGGAUGAUGGAAUGAUUCAGGAGCCUGAGCCCCAGAAGGCGCCGGAAGAGGCUGCGCCCAAGCGCAGGAUUUUCGAUGAUAUCGGCAAGAAGAAGAAGGAGAUACACCGAACCACGAAAAUCGGGAUCCUGGAGUCGCGGUCGCGUUACAAGAGUUAUGACGUCUACCUGAAGCAUCUGAAAAAGCACCCAAAUUGUGGUCUGUUCGAGAUGACAGAAAUUCGACACAUGGCGUUGCCCUACCACACGAUGCUCGACGAGGAAUUCCACGCCGGUCCGCAAUUCAUCGCGAACAGCACGUUGGGCAAAUAUCGCAGAACGGUUGACGGUGUCGUAUUCGCCAUCAAAUCCGUCGAAUUGGUCGGGCUUCCGAUUAUUCUUGACGAGCAAACCGUCUACCAUGCCGACUACCGGAUAAAGAUGAUUGUUUUCAAGCCUAACAAAGACACCCCGAUCCGAUGCACGAUCCAGCACAUUUCCAAGAAUUUCAUGUCGCUCACCUAUUUGGAAUGCGUGCAGGUCAAAAUCUUUGGGACCGAAAAGUGGAAACAUAAGCUAAACGGGCAUGUCCUGCAACUAGGGGAUCAGCUACUAGUCAGACCGCUCCAUACGGAGACGCGCGGUACAGCUAUGGCUGUCGUCGCCGGGUUCAUGAAGGUGUUGACGCGUACGGCCACUGAACGAGAAGUCGCUGCAGGCCAUUCUUUUAAACGAAGCAAAAUAUUCCCGGACGAUGAAGCCGAGGUGCCAGCAGCUGAACAAGUCGAGGCGCCUACGGAUAUUCCAACCGAGACCCAAGCUGAAGCUCCAGCUGAUUCCCAAGCCGAGACUCCGAAGCGAACAAAGAAAAAGAGGAAGCAUUCCGAGACCGAGAUCAAGACCGAAGAAGUGACGCCCGAGGUACAACCGAAGAAAUCGAAAAAGAGCAAAUUGAUCGAA